CUAGACGAGACCAAGACGCAGAGAGAAAGAAGACGUCUGUUUAUGCCAGCCGGACUGCAAAGAUGACUGAGAUGAAAAGAGCUCCGUCUGUGGACGUGUCAGAGGGGAAGUUAUUGAAGAAGGGUUCUAUAAAGAAGAAGAUUGAGUCACUCAGACGAUGGAGUUCAGCGAGCAUGAAAAGGCCACCAAAGCCUAAAGCCAAGACCUUGAGUCUGUCAUCUCCUGUUGAAGGCCCUGAUCAACUCUGGUUGGAAGAGGGAGACAAGAAGAAACUGCGCCCCAUUGUUGACUCUGUCUUUGGACAGGGAAUAUCAUCCGUAGAAGGAAGUGACACCCCAUUGGCUACCACAAUGCUGGGGUCACUGGGUGGUGCAGGGGAGGUGGACACAGAAGAGGAGGAGGAGGGAGGGAACGAGCGAGUGUUCGAUGAGCCCCUUUGUGCUCUGGUUAAAAACUGCAACAUGCUGCACAACAUAGUGGGGCCUGCUUGUAUCUUCCUCAGACAAGGCUUCGCACAAAGUCAGCUUGACAGAGAUCUGCGACCAGAGGAAAUGGAAGAGCUGCGUGAAGCCUUCCGGGAGUUUGACAAAGAUAAAGAUGGCUUCAUCAGCUGUAAAGACCUGGGCGAAUGCAUGAGGACCAUGGGAUAUAUGCCGACAGAGAUGGAACUUAUAGAACUUAGCCAGCAGAUCUGUGGAGGACGGGUGGACUUUGACGACUUUGUGGAGCUGAUGGGUCCCAAAAUGCUCGCUGAGACUGCAGAUAUGAUUGGGGUCAAAGAGUUAAGGGAUGCCUUCAGAGAGUUUGACUCUGAUGGUGAUGGCCAGAUCAGCCUUGGGGAACUGAGGGAAGCCAUGAAGAAACUCAUGGGAGAGCAGCUCAACCACCGAGAGAUCGACGAGAUCCUGAGGGACGUGGAUCUCAAUGGGGAUGGACAGGUGGACUUCGAAGAGUUUGUGCGAAUGAUGUCUCGCUGAGUCCUCAGCAAACCUCACUCUACUGCACUGAACACGAUAUGGACCAGACCACUGUUACACUUCUGUCUGAUGUAUAAAAAUGUUAGUGUCUGUACUUCUUUUUAUUUCCAUCACCUUUUAAGUAUACAAAUCCCUUUAAUGUCUUACUGUUGUAUAAAUGUAAUAUGUGGGUAAUGAGAGAUUAUAGAUUAAUGACUUCAAUCCUGUGGUCACAUUUUAAAAGGAUUUAAAUUUAAAAAUAUGUAAAUAUGUAAAAGGAUUAUAUUUAAAAGCCUGAGAAGAUCAGAUCAAAUCUGAACUGACAGACAUUAAAAAUCUUAAGUGAGAAUUUUUUCUCUUGUUUUUAAAUUUGCAUGAACCAGUCAUGUAGAUUUGCACCUGACGAUCAUCUGAUGGUAAGACACAAAUAUUUAUCAUCAAAACUGAGUUCAUCUUUAAUAGCCUUGGUAAUAUAAUACAGAUAGAAACAGUGUCUUUUCUUUAUAAAACAAGAACUCAUGUUAAGGUCCAUUUAUCCUCUUGGCUGAAGAUACGGAGCUUUCCAGCCAUCUUCUGAGUCUUUUAUGUGUGUAAUUCCGUCCAUUUGCAAAUGACCCUGACACAGCAAACUGAGUGGUACUACUUGCAAACCUAGGGGCAGUGUUACGCUGUAUAGCUGAUGUGCAACCAGUGAAAGGAACAAAUAAAAACAAGUCAUGAUUCUUUAAGACCACCACCCUCUACUGUGCUGCCUCUUAUUAUGUCUCUUUCUGAGAAUGUGCGGCAUCAUGAUCUCAUCCACUGUUGCCAUGUUUGCUUUUGUCUGAAACUGACAUCAAAACUUAGAGAUGGACUCUAAACUUUGCAGUGGCCUCUGGUGGAGAUAUUUCCUAACAACCAUGCCAAAAUAAAGGAUACAGGGAAGUAUGAGGGCAGUGACAUUUGAAACGGAUUUAUAAAAGCGAGGAUAGAUGGGCCUUUACAAGAACAAGUAUACACAUUUACUGUAAAAAUGAUAAUGUACAUGUAUUCACACUAUAUAUUACUCUGGACUUUUCUUUAGCUGUACACUUUUAAUGUAAUUUUAAACAAUGUGAAAAAACAUUUUUAAUAUCCCUUUGAUACUUGUCUGACACUGAAAUAAUUUUGGUUUCUGCUGCAAAUUAAUGUUUUAAUACCCUUUUCCAUCUAGAUUAAAUUCUGCUGAGAGCAUGUCACAAUAUGUAUUCAAGCACAUAAACCUGUUUAACUUUGCAUUUUACAGUGUUCAAAAACUCAAAAACAGGCUUUGUAAAUAAGAAAAAGGGAAUAAGAUUGACAAUAAACUAGUUUUUACUCAUCA